GAGAUCAUAAAAUUAUUAAGGUUGGAAAAGACCUCUAAGAUCAUCGAGUCCUACCACUUCACAGAAUCACGGAACCACUUCCAAGAUGCUUUGGGGUGUCUCAGUACUAGAUUUAUUUCUGGACCACGUAUCUGCAGUGGAUUAAGCGGCAAAUAUUUAUGGGGGAUAAAAGUGUUGAUGCAACAACUCCCAGCUGAGGAGUCACAUACUGUCUUUCUGGAAAUCUGGGAAACCAUGUCAAGUCCCUGGGCAAGGAGUUUCUUAGUCACAAGAGAACAGCUCUGAGCACAUGUACCAGCUCCCAGGAGCACACGACACAGAUUUUGGCAGGUCUGUGGGUAGUUGUUGCAGAACACUGAGUGUGGUGUAAAUUCACUUUGACAGAUUUCCCAAUAGUUUAUCUGAGUGAGCAUGGCUGUGGCUUUCACUCUCUGGGCUUUUCCAUGCAGCUCUGAAAUCUGUUUGGUGACUUGGAUAACAUAGACAGAGCUUCUGCUUUCAGACUGGGAGGGGAUUUAAUGUGAUGGAAUAUCAAUGGGCAUUGCAGGACCCUCUGGAUGGGAGCUGAUGGAAAAUAAAUUCAGGCAUUAAAUAUUAUGCACACUGUUAAUACAGAGAAAAAAUAUCUUAAAGUUCCCAAACUUAAUUCAUCUAAUUAGCAACAGUUUGGUGGGUACUGGCACCCACAGUGUGUGUUAACAGUGAAAUCACAGCUGACUGUGUUUAUAGACAGAGACAUCCCAUAUUUGUUCACACCUGGCUCUGUGACCAAAAUCAAACCCCUCAUUUUUAUCUUCUCCUUUUCAGGUAACUGCUGCAUUUACAAGCCUGAAUACAGGGCCAUGGGAAGGGGUUUUUUUGUACUUUCAGCCAGCUGUGGAGUAACUUGGUAUUUUCACAUGUCUAUAAAAACCACAUAUGUGGAAAAUUGCGCAAACUAUUGCACGUUUUAUUUUCAGCACCUCAAGUACUAAACAUGAUUUAGGUAAGACUCCACACAUAUACAAUAGAACAUGAACACAUCAUUGGCGUGGACACUCUCAACUUUUAUUUAGAGCAAGAUAAAGAGUUACAAAAUGCAAUGUGACAGCAGAGUAGAAAUUGUUCCUCCCAUUCUUUUAUCACUGUCUUCUGACGAAUACCAACGGUCCCAUUUCUCUUUUACUUUGGGUGGUUCAACCAUUGCCAUAUGUCAGGAACUUCUACACAGCUGUUUUGGGCUUGACUUAUUAAUUCACAAGAUGCUACAUGAUUUAAAGAAUUAGAAUUGCGUAAGUUAGGAUUCUGUGGCAGUCAGAAAACUGCUCGCUCCAUGCAGGGCUAAGGGUAAGGCAGGUGUCUGCUCUGUGGAAUUUCAGCUGUCUCUAUCCAACUGCUUUUGGGCUGUUAUUAAUUCACUGGGGAACACAAAAACCAGGACUUCAUAUUUGUCACUGUGUUUGCAGUCUGAGACUGGUACAGAGUGAAAAACUGAGAAGCUUCAUUGUCUCUUACAGCACGAAUAUCCUGUGAGCUCCAUUCCAGAGUCACUCAGGGACAAACUCUUGAAAAUAAAGUUAUUUUACGAAAAUCAAAUGGUACUUUUCACCUCAUGAGAGGGAUAUCAGAUCAUCUCUACUUCGAUCAGGCCUCCUCCUUGCCAUCUGCUUGGGAGACAGGGAAAACAACUCAUCCUGCUGAAGUGCCUUUGGCUUUCCGAACUUUCUUUGUCUUUCUUUAUCUUUCUGUCCUGCCUGAGGUCUGCAACUUCAGCUGAGUGUUCUCAGUCCUUCUCAGAACUGGGAGCUCACACAAUUCCCUCCUUUCUCUGGAUCACAGUGUGUGAAUUGUCUGUGAAACUCACUGUCACAAGAGGUAGUUGAGGCCUGGAACUGGUCAGAUUUCAGGCAAGGAUUAGGCAUCAUUGUAGGCAAUAUUUGGGGUUACAGACAUAAUAAAUUCAUAAGUGUAAAUAAAAAGGGGGAAAACUCAUGAUUUUUGAUUUAACUCAAAUCUGUGGGAACAGACUGUACCAUAUCAGCCUGCUGCUUGUACCUUCCUCAAAAGCACUCAGGGCUCAUAAUUUUGGAAUAAAAGAAUCCUAAAUCUCAAGUAGGGCAGUAUUUCCUAGGGCUUAGUUUUUUCUGGGUCAUGGGCAAAACUGAUGUGGGUGCAUAGGAAGCUUGGCAUUGCCUUCUUCUCUCUGCUAUUUGUUACAGCUGAGAACUCUUCACCUCUGUACUCAUAGCAGAUCUUCUCAACAUCAGAGAUGCUCAGAUUUUGUCUCUUCAGGAGCAAUGUUUAAGUGAGGUUAAUUAUGUCAACGUUGCCUUUAAACAUAGCUUUAGGAACUCUGAAUCUACAGCCAAAUUUGGUGCUAACAGUCAUUAUUGUUAUUAUUAUUAUUACUCCUAAUUCCAAAACAUUCUAAUGCUAUAGACUUAUGAAUUAAUUACUUGAACAAUUAGAUGAUUGAAUGAGUCAAGAAUAUACAGAAAACUCUGUUUUCACAGCUGUAUGCGAAGUAUACAAUGAACAAGCCAAAUUAACUGGAAAUAAAGGAUGUUUUCCUAAUUGUGUUCUUUUUUUACUCUGAAUCUUUACCAUCUUUACUCCGAUUUGAUAGCAUUUUGAUUAUUUUAGUUAAGAAAGACACAUGAAUUUACCAUGCCAGGGUCAACACAGAAAAUUUCAAAGAUGGACAACCUGAAGAUUUUGGGCAGUGUGAUGAGGCCAUUUAGAGACAACAGAUAAUCCUAAUUUUGUCUGUUUAUUCCUGUUUGUGUUCAGUAGAGCAGUCCACAACUCUCAUGAGUAAUCAGACUUUCUAAAGGCAACUCAGAAAGCACAAGAAGGAACAGGGCUUUUAUUUAUGGGUGUGUAAAGCAUCUGGAAGGGGAGGGCACUUUGGAAGGGUGUGUUUGGGCAAGGAGAGCCAACCAGCCCUUGGAGCACAAGGGAGUGGCUUGGAGUGAGGCUGUAUAACGGGCAGGAUGGGAUGGUCCACCCUCAGCCUGGACACAGAGCAAGGCUCAGCCUGGUGGAUCCCGGCUCUGAGUGCACAGAUGCCUCCUCAGACAGGCUCCAGCGAGAAGGGGACGAGUCCCAUUCCGGCCUUCCCGCAGCCUUUCACUUGGGAAGAGGUCAGGAUGCACAAUGGCCGUGGGGAGAGCCAGGAGCAGUGGCUGGUCAUCGACAGGAAGGUCUAUGAUGUCAGCAGGUUUUCCAAGAAGCACCCUGGAGGCAGCAGAGUUAUCAGCCACUAUGCUGGGCAAGAUGCCACGGAUGCCUUUGUAGCUUUUCACAACGAUAAGUCUCUGGUGAAAAAGUACUUGAGAUCUCUGCUGAUUGGGGAGCUGGCACCAGAUCAACCCAGCUUUGAGUCCAAUAAAAAGAAAUCCCUCCUGGAGGAUUUUCGUGAGCUGCGCUGCACUGUUGAGAAGAUGGGACUUCUGAGGCCAAACUACUACUUCUUCUUCCUGGUUUUCCUUCACGUCCUGGUACUGGAUGCUGCAUCCUGGCUCGUGAUCUGGUACUUUGGCAUCUCCUUAGUGCCUUUCCUGGCUGGCAUGGCGUUCUUCACCGUUGCUCAGAUCCAGAUGGGCUGGUUCCAGCAUGAUCUGGGGCACUGCUCUGUCUUCAGGAAGCCCAGAUGGAAUCGGGUGCUGCAGAUGGUGGUGAUAAAUGUUCUGAAGGGCUUACCUGCCAGCUGGUGGAACCACCUGCACAACCAGCACCACGCCAAACCCAACUGCUUCCGUAAAGACCCUGACCUCAACAUGCACCCCAUCCUCUUCAGCCUGGGAAAGACACUUUCUGUGGAGCUUGGAAAGAAGAAGAAGAAGUUCAUGCCUUACAAUUACCAGCAUAAGUAUUUCUUCUUGUUGGCCCCACUUGCACUCAUCCCCUUCUUCCAGCUGACUAUAUUCCACUUUACAAUCAAGAGGAAAAAGUGGUUGGACCUGAUAUUGCUUGUGUCUUUCACCAUCCGAGUUUCCCUCAUGUAUAUUCCUUUAAUGGGAUUUAAGAACUUCAUGAUAUACUACUGGCUGUCCAGGUACUUUGAGAGCACCUGGUUUAUUUGGGUGUCACAGAUGAACCACAUUCCAAUGGACAUUGGUUAUGAUCAGAACAAAGACUGGGUGUCUACUCAGCUCCAUGCAACAUGCAACGUGGAGCAAUCUUUGUUCAAUGACUGGUUCACUGGGCACUUGAACUUCCAAAUUGAGCACCACCUGUUCCCCACAAUGCCUCGACACAACUACUGGAAAGUAGCUCCUCUAGUGAAAAGCCUUUGUGAUAAGCACGGCAUUGAAUAUAAAACCAAGACUUUACUGACAGCCUUUGUAGAUAUUUUGCAUUCCCUGAAGGAUUCUGGGGAGCACUGGCUUGAAGCAUAUCUGCAUGGGUAAAAACUGGCAACUCUCAAAGGGAACCUCUUCACCACCCAACUGCUGCCAGGACUCAGCACAGACCGUCCGUGUGUGUCUUCAGGCAUAAAAAUUCAGGAGCUGGGCAAAGCUAAUUUCAGUAAGAAUCAAGUGGGAAAGUGGCUUAAAGAUACCUAUUUUUUUUCUUGAUCUCAACCAUGAACCUCUAUUUUUCCUGCUCUCAAUCUCAGAAUUUAGAGAUGGGCUUUUAAACUGGGGAGAAUUUGAAUCAACUUGAUGAGUUGAACUUCAUUGGAGGCACCAGCUCAUUGCUUAUGGAAGAAGUUUAAACUGAAAUUCUUUAUAAUGUCAGAGAAUCAUGGAAUGGUUUGGAUUGGA